AUGAAAGGCAGUAGUAGAAAUAAGGAUCAUUCGACAGAAGGAGAAGGAACUGGGAAGCGACCAAAAAGAAAGUGUCUUCAGUGGCAUCCCCUGCUUGCCAAGAAACUCCUUGACUUCUCUGAAGAGGAAGAGGAAGAAGAAGAAGAGGAGGAUCUUGAUAAGGUCCCGCUCCUUGGCGCUGAUGGUUUAGAGCAGGAUGCUGAUGAAACCGAAGAUGACGAGUCCUCAGAGCAACGAGCUCGCCGACCAAUGAAUGCAUUUCUCUUGUUCUGCAAACGCCAUCGCUCUCUCGUGCGAAAAGAACAUCCUCGCCUCGAUAAUCGUGGCGCAACCAAGAUCUUGGCAGAUUGGUGGGCUGUUCUAGAUCCAAAAGAAAAGCAGAAAUACACUGACAUGGCCAAGGAGUACAAGGAUGCAUUUAUGAAAGCAAAUCCGGGGUACAAGUGGUGCCCUGCAACAAACAAACCUGUGAAAACAUCCACUGUUACCAGCAGGAAAAAACUCUGGGCCUUUGCGUCAGAUUCUGCGAAAGAUCUACCAAGCCCAAGGAAAGCCCUGACAAAAAGUGAAGACAUGCCACAGCUAAACUUCGGGAUGGCAGAUCCUACACAAAUGGGAGGCCUGAGUAUGUUGCUUCUAGCAGGGGAACAUGCCCUGACUGCACAAGAGGUUUCCUCCAGUACUUGCCAGUCUGAUGCAACUAAUUCUAUGGAAACCUGUCAGAAGUCAUCAUUGUUUCAGUUCGCAGAGAUCUCAAGCACAUCACAACCUGGAGUCCUGGGACCUGUAAAACAAACUGAGGAGUCUGCGUUGUUUCAGUUUGCUGAGAUCUCAUCAAAUACAUCCCACUUGUCAAGUUCUGAGCCAGUAAAGCAUUGUGGAAAGUUGGCACUCUUCCAGUUGGCAGAAAUGUGCCUUGCUUCAGAAGGAGUAAAAGUGAAAGAACCUGGGAAAACAAAAGUGGAAGCACCGGAAGAUGUGGGAAGGGAAGUUCCAGAGGAAAUGGAAGUAGAACAACUGGAGAAAACAACAACAAAAGACUCCUGUAAAGGAAAAAUAGAACAAUCAGAGACAGAGAAAAUGCAAAACUGGGAUGAGACAAAAGUUGAGGAAUCAGAAACUGCAAAAUGCAGAGAUUUUACUAGUCUUGCAAUGGAGAGCAGUCCUUUUGAGAACAACGAUAACACAAAGGAUCACAUGUGCUGUUCUCCAGAGCUUUCAGUGGCUGACAUGAAUAUCCUUGGGCUAAAGCCAGAAAAGAUAAAGAAGAAAAAGAAAAAAAAUAAGUUGGACCGGCACACAAACGAAAAAUCCACCCCCAAGAAACCUUGUAAAAAGAGGCAGUCCUCCGAGUCGGACAUUGAGAGUGUAAUGUAUACAAUUGAAGCCGUUGCAAAGGGGGACUGGGGUGCCGAGAGACUCGCGGAAACUUCCCGCAAAAAAACCCGCCCUGUCUCAAAUGCGAAGGGAAGCGUGUUGGAUACAAAAUCACCAAAGAAAAAAGUGAAAUCGAAAGAGAAGAAAACAUCAAAGGAGAAACCCACAGAGACCACCAAAGAAUCAAAGCCUCCCGAUUUCCUUAGUAUUGCAGCCAGCAAGGAAGUACCCUGUGAGGCUUCUGAUAACAUUAAAGUGGAACCACUGACCCCAACAGAGGAGGUGGUACCCCAAAGCUUACCAGGACAGGUCAAAACUGAGGACAGUGACUGUGUUAAAAAGAUAGAAACCUGUGGCUCCAGGAAAUCGGAGAGAUCUUGCAAAGGUGCUCUUUAUAAAACUCUGGUGUCAGAGGGCAUGCUCACAUCUCUGCGUGCUAACGUGGACAGAGGAAAAAGAAGCUCAGGAAAAGGCAACUCCUCAGAUCAUGAAGGAUGCUGGAAUGAAGAAAACUGGUCUUUUUCCCAAAGUGGGACGAGUGGGAACAAAAAACUGAAAAAGCCUAAGCCAAAGGAAGAGUUUGUUUUUGGCUUAGCAAAAUUGGAAGAAGAAUUUGAAAAGAAAUUCAACAGCCUCCCUCAAUACAGUCCUAUUACCUUUGACAGGAAAAAUUCAGCUGUUCCGAGGAAAAAGAGGAAGGUUGGAAGCGGUUCAUCUGAACAAUCAAAAUCCAACAAAGGUUCAUUCCAGUCUCAGAAAAAGAGCUUAUUCCACAAAAUUGUCAGCAAAUGUAAGCACAGAAAGGAGAAGCUUAAUGUUCCGGACACAGGUACUGGUGCAUUACUUACUAGUAGCUGAAUUUUUCUACAUGUAAAACUGCAUUUUUAUCCUCUUUCAGCCAUAUUCUCAGAAGACAGAAAUUCCAGUGAGUCUGCUUGGAAGAAUAAAAUUUCUAUAUCUGCCCUAAACACUCCAGAGCCAGCAAUGAUGCAUGAGCCUUUAGUUGGCAGCCAGAAAAGGAAAGCAAGGAAAACUAAGAUCACACAUCUUGUCCGAACAGCAGAUGGUCGAGUGUCACCAGCAGGAGGGACACUGGAGGAGAAGCCAAAAGAGCUGCCACAAAGUACUCUUCAAAAAACAUCAAGUGCAGAAACAGAUUGCAACAGUGAAUGCUCCAGAAAUGCAGAGACAGAAGAAAAUCAUAGUAUUACAUCAGAUAUGCCAGCGGUGUCUGCAUUUUUCAGCUUAGCUGCUCUGGCAGAAGUAGCAGCCAUGGAAAAUGUACACAGAAGUCAGAGGGCCACACCGCUCCCACAUGACGGACAGCCAAAUGAAAUGUCUCAGGCUCCAGUGCUUAUUUCCUGCGCUGACCAGUGAAGCUCCACUUUAUUGUAAAACAUUGUGCUUUACCUAAUAUCCUAGCCUUGUCUUUACCAAGGGAAGCUAGUUAGUCCAUAUGAUGGAAACUAUAGACUGCAAGCAAGUGAUUAUUGCUCUGAGUGGCCCAGAAUUCACUGGAAACCAGACGUUAGCAACUUGGGCCAGGUCCUCAAAUUGGAACCCAGUAUGUAGGAGGGUGAUAUUAAUUGUCUAUUAAUGAACAGAAAUGGAAUGAUCCCAGAGCUUGCUUUCUAUUGAAGGCUUUUAAACAGUAAAUAGGUGGUUGGUGUG